AUGGGGAAUGGUCGGGCAGAGAAGCAAGAGGACAUGGAACACGAGGUGGAUGAAGAAGAGGAGCAGUUUACAGAGUGUCAGCCUGGAGCAAAGAUCGGAGUGAAGAAACAGCGCAAACUGGAGGAGAAGCAGGCCAAGAAGGUACAGAGAGAGGCAGAGCGGGAGAAGCAGAAAUGAACUGAUCAGCAGAGAGAUGAAGAAAGGGGGAGAGAGGAGAGAAACCGACUGGAAGAGCAGCACAGGGAGGUAGAGGAGUGCAGAGCAAAGGAGGAGGCAGAGCAUCAGGAGCAGGAGGAGUAUUUGAGAUUGAAGGAGCAGUUCAGCAUAGAAGAAGAGGGGCUGCAGGAGGACAUGACUGAGGAGGAGUCUCACAAUCUUCUGCAGGAAUUCAUCAAUCACAUCAAGGCUAUGAAGGUAGUUUUGCUGGAGGACCUGGCCUCUCAUUUUGGGCUGUGAACACAGGAUGCCAUCAACAGACUCCAGGAUCUGAUUGCUGACGGGACUGUGACAGGGGUGAUUGACGACCGGGGGAAGUUUAUCUUCAUCACUCCGGAGGAGCUGUCUGUCGUCGCUCAGUUUAUCAGACAGUUUGGCAGAGUCUCCGUCACUGAGCUAGCCCAGGCCAGCAACUCGCUCAUCAACCUGACACCUGAGACUAGCACCACUCCACAGGUCACAGCCUGAACUGCAGCUCGGCACAUCUCCUGUAAAGCUGCUUAAAGUUCCCUGGAUUUUUGUUGGCAGUACACCUGUGCACCCUCACGGCUCCAUUUUCCUGUGAUCUGCGGGAGUCCCUGCCAACAUGGAGAGUUCUAGUCACAG